UGUCAAUUAAUUUUACGACACGCGAAUCUCGCGGCUCGAAACCCUGAAUAAAUCAAUCGAAAUUCUCUUUUGGAAAAAUAAUCCUCUCAAAAAUAUGUUCAGAUAGAAAGUCGUUUCUUUCUUGUCUGUUUUCAAUCUACACUCUGAUCUUUUCUCGCUUUCUUCUGUAAUCUCUGGUUCUUGUUUUUUUUUCUUUUCCUUCAAAACAGAAUCUUUUUUUCUCGUUAUCCAAACAGCCUCUAAACCACCUUCUUUGUUUUUUCCUUCCCUCUCUUCGCUGCUUUAAGAAAUGGAGAUGGCUAUGGAGUAUUCGCGCUCGAGCAGCUCGCUUCUUAUUCACUCCUUGGCUUUCGAGACUCUCUCUGCCGCUGUUCGAACACGACGGUUUACUAAGAACCCGAUACCUAGUACGCCACGAAUAUCUGUAGUUGGAGUUUGUUAAAGCGUUUUUCUAUUUUUAGCGUCCUUUUUUUCCGAAAUUUGUUGCGUUGACCUUUUAACUAUUUCUUUGCUUCAAGCCUAGAAGUAAGAAUUGAACUAGAGAUAUCUGGUGAUUGUGAUAAAAUCUAUGAGAAUUUACGAGUGUUUUUGUUUUGAAAGAAUCGGUGAAUUGAAUUUUUAGGGUUUUGUGGAAUUACCGCCCCUUUGUGAGGAUUUCAUAUGUAAUUGCUGAAAAUGCUUAAGCUUUCAAGUGUGGAAGAAGUUGAGGAAACUUAGAAAUUUGAAGGUUAGGUCUUUUAACGAAGUUGUUGUGAUUUGAAUUUGUUAGGGGUUGUUUCUUGUUUUGUGAAAAGCUUAAAAGAGAAAACUGAAUUUGCAUUCCAGUUUUAGGUUAUUUUGUGGAAUUGCAGGAUUUACUUGGGUUUGGGUUUUAUUCAUAUUGUUUUGGUGGGGAAAUUUGAAUGGCGGAAAGGAGGGAGUUAGGACUGCCAAGGACAAGUGCUUGUAGUUUAAAGGAACAGUUAGCAAGAACCACUCUUAACAAUGUAAGAUCGCAAGGGCAUACAUAUAUAGAGCUCCGUGAGGAUGGGAAGCGGCUCAUAUUCUUCUGCACUUUGUGUCUUGCACCAUGUUAUAGUGAUUCGGUGUUACUUGAUCAUCUGAAGGGGAGCCUUCACUCAGAGAGGUUAGCUGUUGCUAAAGUUACAUUGCUAGGAACUAAUCCAUGGCCUUUCAAUGAUGGUGUGCUGUUCUUUGGUAAGUUGAAUGAAAAGGAGAAACAGUUAGCAGAUCUACAUGGUAAUGAAAAUAGGUUGUUGGAGUUUCACAACAAUGAUGACAACCUUGCUAUAGUGGAAUAUGUUGGCAGUGAAGUUAGUUCCUAUAGAAAGAAUGUGAAUUGUAGAGCAGGAGAAUCUGAUCUGCUGAUUCCAGGGGUGCUAAUCAAGGAUGAAGUCUCGGACUUGAAAGUGAGAUUUAUUGGUUUUGGGAAAAUUGCAGCGAGGUUCUGCGAGAAGGAUGGAGUCUCAAAUGAGAUUAGCAGAUUGUGGUGUGAAUGGUUGGGGAAAGAGGCUCCAAGAAAUGAUGACAAGUUGAAGGUUCCAAAGCAUGACUUUGCUGUUGUUACUUUUGUCUAUAAUUGCGAUCUAGGCAGAAAGGGAUUGCUCGAUGAUUUCAAAUCACUACUAACAUGUGGGUCUCCCACAGGAUUGGAGAAUGGUGAAUCUGCUAGUAGGAAAAGGAAGAAGUCAUUUUCCGAUCCAGAGGACAUAAGUGAAUCUUUGAGUAAUCAGUAUGAUUCAUCUGGGGAAGACUUUUCAGCUUCAAAUAGUGCUUCUUCAAGGCUGGCAUUAGAUCGAUAUGAUGAUCAGCUUCUGCUCACUAGAUUUAUAUCAAGUAAGGCUAUAAGGCGAGAGUUGAGGCGCCAACAGCGUAUAGCUGCUGAAAGAAUGUGUGAUAUCUGUCAGCAAAAGAUGCUUCCUGAGAAGGAUGUAGCAACACUCAUGAACUUGAAUACUGGAAAACUUGUUUGCAGUAGUAGAAAUGUUAAUGGGGCAUUCCAUGUAUUUCAUACUUCAUGCCUUAUACAUUGGAUACUUCUUUGUGAGCUUGAGAGGAUUGAGAACCAUUCAGUUAAUUCAAAAGUAAGACGAAGAUCUAGGAGAAAAAAUGGAGCCAAAUCCAAUGAGGUGGGUAAGGAUGGAGAGACUAAAGCCACGGGGACCCUGAUUUCUUCUGUGCUCUGCCCAGAGUGCCAAGGUACCGGUAUUGAUGUUGAGGGUGAUGAGCUGGAGAAGCCUGAUGUCUCUCUCUCUCAGAUGUUCAAAUAUAAGAUUAGAGUGAGUGAUGCUCGUAGAGCAUGGAUGAAAAGUCCUGAAAUGUUGGAGAAUUGUUCUACAGGCUUUCAUUUUCGUUCUCAAUCUGGAGAGAUGGUUCAGGAGAAGAUAUUGCCCCUAAAGUUGCUGCAUUUCUACAGCGCUGACAAGUAUGAAUGAGGCACAAGUUUAGUUGGAUGAAUUCUGCAGUUGACCUUGUCUUGAUGGUAGCAUUUAGGUUGUUCUGUUAUCAAAUAUAUGUAACCUGUGAAAGGCCAUGGUCGUCAUGAAAACCAUGAAUAGCACUUGUGGAAUAGUAUAUUCCCUUUGUAAAUACCUGUUGUACAUUGCUGACACCUGUCUGCACUGUAAAUGAACAGGCAGUCAAUGACUCAAUGUUAUAUUGACCUUGAUAUGAAGAAUACUUUUAACAAAUCCUGUCUUUCCCUUUACUCUACUUU